AUGGGUGGUAGGUUAGAGUACAAAGACGGUGGUUAUUAUAUCGGUGAACUAGUUGAUCUUCAACCUCAUGGUUCUGGAACGUUGUUUGAUGCUAACGACAAUGAGAGAUUUGCUGGAGACUUCAGGAAGGGAGAAAAGGUUGGUACAGUUUUAACUUUAGGUAACAAAUAUAAUAUUUUUGAUAAAUUUAGGUAACAAAAUUAAUAAAUUUGCUUAAUUUUUUACAUGGAAUAUAUAUUUUUAUCUUUUUAAAUAGUUUUUGACAUAUUUUGCGUCAUGUAACGGAAUGUCACAGAAAUUAUUGGAAAUUUUGACGAAGUGUCACAACCAUAUCGGAUUUUUGUAAAACAUUCUAAAUGACACAAAAUCAUAUAUAAGAUCAAUUUAAAGCAUAUUCUAUCUUUUUUUUGGCUAAAAACGUAUAAUAAUGUAGGUAAUGGGUAUCUACACAGCUCACGACGGUACCAAAUACGAAGGAAAAUUCGAACCAAUAAGACAUUUAAUAAAAGACCUACCUCUGAACGGAGUAGGUGGUCAACGACACAACGGCACACUGAUGUUUGGUCGGUAUUACAUGCCAAACGACUUUAAUCAGUGUAUAUUGAGGAUACCUGGAAAGAGAAUUAUGUAUACUGGCAGUGCUUUGAAUUACCUACCCUCAGGGUUUGGGUAUCUCGCUUAUCACAACGACAUGGUUUAUAAAGGUAUAGCCCUGAUCUGUGUCGCCUUGUCUUAUCCUACCCGACCCUAGGCCCUACGUUACCCAAGGCCUUACCGUACCCUAGGUUCUACCGUACCCUAAGCUCUACCGUACGCUUUGCUAUACCGUACCAAAGCCUUAUCCUACCCUAGACCCUACCCUACCCUAAGCCCUACCCUACCUUCGACUCUACUGUGCCUUAAGCCAUACUGUACGGGUCAUAUCGUAUCCUAGGCCCUACCGUACAACAAGUUUUACCGUACUUUAGGUCCUAUUGUACAUUAGGUCGUACCGUACCCAUCGUACAUCAGGCAUUACCGUACUUUAUGUUCAUAUUGUUCUCUAUGCCCUAAGGUAUCAUAAACGCUACUGUAUCCUAACCUUACCGUACUCCGACUCUACCGUAAUUAGUUUUCAGGUCAAUUCUUAAACGGCAAACGUCACGGUGUAGGAAUGAAUACAUCGGCCGUUUUCUCGAGAUCUCGCAAGUUUUAUCGCACUCGAUCGAACGCUUCUUUGAAUGUGUUUCUAGAAGACAACGAUGAUGACUUAAAUGAGGACGUUGAGUUGGUCAAUGGAUGUGGCUUUAGAGCCGGCUUCACAUUGGACUUGAGGCCGAGAAAUGUGUUGGAAGGGAAGAAGCAGGAGACUGAAGAUGUUGAUGACUUCUGUUUAGUUAAGGUAAGAUAAUAUGGUUUUUUGCUGUCAUACUGUCACAAAAAGGUUACUGUAACAUAAAAAAUGUCAUAUUGUCAUAAAAAGGCUACUGUAGCAUUAAAAAUGACAUGCUGUCACAAAAAAGUUACUGUAGCAUAAAAAAUUUCGUAUUAUCAUAUAAAAGUUACUGUAACAUAAAAAAUGUCAUAUUGUCAUAAAAAGGCUACUGUAGCAUUAAAAAUGUCAUUUUAGUCAGCCGAUGACUUUAUCCACCUCAACGCCGUAGAAACUUACUGUGGUGAGUGGGAAGAUGACAAACGGUGUGGUCAUGGAUCGAUGACUAGAGAUGACGGAGCGAGCUAUCAUGGAGAAUGGAAGGACAACAAACGGCAUGGGUUUGGUGUUACUACGUAUAGUGAUAAAAGGUAAAAUACGAAUUUUCAAACAACAGACAUUAUAGCUAGUUUAAAGUCUUGAAUAGGCUUAAGCCUAAGCUUAAACGAAAGCCUAAGUCUAAGUCUAAGCCUAAACCUUAGCCUUAGCCUUGUUUUAAGCCUAAGCUUAAGUCUAAAUCUAAACUUAAGCAUAAGCUUAGCACAUUCUAUCUUAGUCUAGUCCCGCCUAGCAUAGUCUAGCCCUUCUUAGCCUGGUCAAACCCCGUUUAGCCUAGCUUAAUCUAAAUUUAAACUUUAGCCUAUACCUAAGCUUGACCCUAGACACAAAAAACGGGUUGGGCUUUUUGGGCCGGACCUAAAUUUUGCUCAAGCCCGGCCCGAUGGUAGGCCCGGUCCGUUCUUCACUCUGAGCUUCAGCGUAAACGUUAACGUAAGCCUAAGUUUAUUUGUUUUAUUUCAGAAUUGAACAAGGAAGAUACAGGUACAACAAACUAAUUGAAGUUUCUCAUCCCAGCCGCUUUCAUCGUGACAGUCCAUUCAAUCAGGAAAUCCAAAAAGCGUCUCUAAAGGCUCAUUCAAUGUCAGUCAAGUGUAAGUUCAACCGUAUUCUACCCUGCUUUACCUUACUCUACUAUACUUUACCCUAGCAUUACCCUACUUUGCCCUGAUUUAUACUAAUAUUGCCAUCAUUUCAGUAUCAGAAUUAGAAAAAACGCAUAGCAAAGAGUACUCCACAGCCGCAGCGAGAGGUGCUGAAGGAUGUACUAACCAAGAUCGAGCAAGAGAUGUGGCUGAAAAAGGCAGACAAAUGGCCUAUUUGUACAAAGACAGUGUAGGUUUUAAAAAACGGCAAAAACUUUCUUUACAAAAAAAUGGCAAAAAAUUACUUUACAAAACGAAAAAUGGCAAGAACUUUCUUUACUAUACCCAAAAAACAAAACAUUUUUAAACAAUUCAUUUUCAGGAUGACGUAUUUGUACUAGACGAAGUAGUACCACUAGCACUUGAAGCAAACCUUUACGGAAUGUCACUUUGAACCUCAAAUUCAAUAUAAAAAUGCACUUUAUUAAUUUUUAUAUUGUUUACUGUAACAUAAUUGUGGUAAAAAUUAGUUUUUUGUUGUUGUUUUGUAAAUAAAAUGGCAUUAUUAGACAAUUGGCAUUCAUUUUUUAAACAAACAGAAAGUAUUGAUUUUUUGUGACACUUCGUCAUAUUUUGUGACAUUUCGUUAAAAACUAAAAAUUUUGUAAAAGUUUCAUUUAUUAUUCAAAUUUGUAUUAAUUUUUUAUACUUGACCAUUUUAUAACGCUAUUAAUGAUUAUUCGAUAAAAUAUGUGACAUUUCGUCACAUUUUGAGAUAUUCCGUUACAAAAUAAAAAUUUUGUAAAAAGUUGAUGCAGAAUGCUAUUUGCAUUCAUUUUUCGAUAGUUGGCUUUAUAAAACUUUAUAAAGAUAUUAUUGUUUUUCCAAUAAAAUUUGUGACAUUUCGUCCACAUUUCUAACAAAUUGCUGUUCUAUAACAUAAAAUACAAUAAUUUUUCCCUAAAUAGUAACUACUUGAUAUUUGAUAACUGAUAAUUGAUGUUAAACAAUUUUACAAAGAUUUUAAAAGAAUUAAAGAAAGCAAUCGAUAUUAUAGUAGACGUUAUCUUAUCAAAAAAAUUUAUCAACUUGUGAGUUUGUGUUUUUAUACACGAUUAAAGCGAUUUUAUUGCUACUUAUAUAAAACUUACUUUUUACUAUAACUUUUGUAAUCUAACUUUAUAAACAUAGUACUAAUUCAAGUACUGUGCUAUAUAGUACCAUGAGAACUACUUUACCAAGUACAAUACUAAACCUCUUUCUUUUACUAUUGCCAUUAUGCUACAGCUCUAAAAUUGAUCAGAAAAAGAUACUUGUGUAUCAAAUUGCCUUUGGCAAGAGUCAUAUUCAGUUCAGUGGUACUCUUAUUGAUCAUCUUGUCAGCAGAGGUCAUAUUGUAGUAAGUUUUGCUAGGUUAUUGUCAUUUUUAAGUAGAAAAAGUUCAAAACGUCUUUUUUUAUACGCAGUUUUAUUAAAAACUGUUUUUGUUAUUUACUUUUUGGAUUUUUUAAAAAUAUAACGAAAUGUCACAAAAAAUAUUGGAAAUUUGACGAAGUGUCAAAAAAAGUAUUGGAUUUUUAAUAAAAACUCAAAAAAGUUUUGAAAAACAAAAAUUUAUUUGUUUUUACACUGUUUUAUUAAGCAAAUUGUCACAAUAUUUAUUAAAAAUUUAACGAAGUGCCACAAAAAAUAUUGGAAAUCAGUAAAAUUUAAAAAUUAUUAUAAAUUUCCUAGAAGUACUUAACGUAUUUUACAAAACGCUAAAAAAUUAUUUUCUGAAUCUCAAAAAAAUUAACAUGAACUUUAUUUCCAGGACCAACUACUAUUUCGCUACAACUAUGAUGUUACUGGUAAUGGUACUAACAGGCAUCGCAAGCACUAUGAAAUCACGAGUUCAAAAUCGAAUUAUCAUCUAAUGUCACACAUUGCCAGACCAUUUUCGAGGCAAAAAACUAUUGACUGGGACAUUUUAGCCAAAAAUAAGCUGGUUUUCUGUGAAGAAUUAUUGAAAAACGACCGGUUGAUUCGAGAACUAAAGGAUGAAAAGUAUGACAUUAUGUUGACCCAGCCUUGGGAUGGCUGUAACCUACCUUUGGCGCACGUUUUGGGCAUUAAGGCUACUGCACUGUAUGUAGCUACACCGUCAGCUCAUUACGUUUUUGAGAAUUUGGGGUUACAGACGCCAACGGCUUACUUCGGAGGUAAAAAUUACCGUAGCUAGCCUUACCUGUAAUACGUUAACUUUAAUUUAGCCAUAUCAAAACUCCACCUAAUCCUAGGCCCUACCGUACCCUAGGCUCUACCGUACCCUAGGCCCUACCGUACCCUAGGCCCUACCGUACCCUAGGCCCUACCGUAUCCUAGGCCCUACCGUAUCUUAGGCCCUACCGUACUUUAGGCCCUACUGUACUCUAGGUCAUACUGUACUCUACGUCAUACUGUACUCUAGGUCAUACCCUACCUAGACCCUACUCCAGCAUAGGCUCUACCGUACCAUAAGCCUACCGUCCCCUAGGCCCUACCUUACUCUAGGCCCUACAGUACCUCCAGUCCUACCGUAUCCUAUGCUCUAUCGUACUAUAGGUCCUACCAAGCCAAGGCCCCUAUAAUGCCCUAGGCCGAAGGGUUAACGUUUAGGCCCGGCCCGUUUUCCAUGUAAGUGCCCUAUACCUAACCCUAUCUUAAGCCCUAUCCUACUCUAAGCUUUAACGUAUCUUGACUCUAUUGUAAUGCUCUUACUUUCAGACCCCUUCCUCUCCCACCCUCUCUACCGUACACUAAACUUCUGGGAGCGUCUAGAAAACUUCAAGCACUGGAUAAAACUUCACAUCGGUGAAGAUCGAAGAAACUUGGAAGACGUACUAUUUCAAAAAUACUUCCCAGGUACUCCAAAGUACGAUGAAUUAUAUAGAAAGAUAUCAUAUGUCUUUGUGAAUGCUAAUGAGUUUACUGACAUUGGACGACCUAUUUCAAACAAAGUAAAAUUUAUCGGUGGAAUUCAUUUGGAAACAAUGAAUAAAGGUUCUGAUAGACAAUUACCUAUUGUAAGUUUGAUUGGCUUGUAGGAUAGGGUAGGGUAAGGUAGGGUAGAGUAGGGUAGGGUAGGGUAGGGUAGGGUAGGGUAGGGUAGGGUAGGGUAGGGUGGGGGUAGGGUAGGGUAGGGUAGAGUAGGGUAUGGUAGGGUAGGGUAGGGUAGGGUAGGGUAGGGUAGGGUAGGGUAGGGUAGGGUAGGGUAGGGUAGGGUAGGGUAGGGUGAGGUACAGUAGGAUAGGGUAGAGCAAGGUAAAAUAGGAGAAUAACUUUACGCAAUAACGUCAUACCUUUCAGCAAUACGAAAACAUUUUGGCAUCCUCAAAAAAAGGUACUGUAAUUUUUUCAUUUGGAUCGUUAGUUAUGUUGGAAAACGUCCCAAAAAAAGUAAAAACAGCAUUUUUGGAAGCUUUUAAAGAAUUGAAAGACUACAAUUUCAUUUGGAAAUACGACAACCUUACUGAAGCCAAAACGCUGCAAGCUGACAAUGUCUACUUCAAGGACUGGCUACCUCAGAAACAACUUUUAAGUAAGGCUCAAUAUACGUUCUAUCUCUAGCCUAGAGCCAUAGCCCACAACCCUAGCCCAGAGCUCUAACUCAAGCCCUACCCCAGAGCACUAGCCUAAUGCCCUUACAAUAUUCCUAACUACAAUGUCACAAUUUUCAGAAGACCCAAGAAUCCGCUGUUUCAUCAGCCAUAUGGGCAUGAACUCUUUCACCGAACUAGCCUAUGCUGGUGUGCCAGUCCUAAUGGUCCCACUGUUUGCCGAUCAACGUAACAACGCUGGCGCAGCAAUGAGAAAAGGCAUUGGUCUAGCCAUCGAAAAAGAAGAUUUGACCAAAAAAUCAAUAUUAGAAGCCUUAACUCAAGUUUUGGAGACCCCAAAGUUUGAUGAAAACGCUAAAAAUCUAGCCAAGAUUCUCAAGAGUGCUACGGUGAAACAAUCUACGGGUCAAAGGUUUGUGGAUGCUGUAGAAAUGGCAGCUGAGUACCCAGAAAUUGCGUCUUUGUUAGCACUCCCUAGUGCUGAUUACAGUAUAUGGGUUACUAACACUUUUGAUGUUGUUGUAUUUUUAUCUGUCUCUGCUACGUUAAUUGGGAUUGUCAAUAUUUAUAUCGUUUACAAGGUAAUUGCGUUUUUAUUGUGUUUUAAUGUAAAAAGUGGUGAAAAACCAAAAGUUAAGAAGUCAUAA